GCUAAAUCAUGACCAGAUUAUUCAAAACUGCCUUUGGUCACACUCUUGUGACCCUGACACUUCUCUUUGUUUCCUUCGGCCCUGGUAGGGCCUACAGAUCGAACUCAACAUGGAUCACGAACAGCAGUAUCUAUACGUCAUCGACGACAGGGGCUACGACAUCAUCCGGCACGUUAAGCAAACCCAAAGUCUUGAUCAUAGGGAACACAUUCGAAUUCACCUACUUAUCCGGCCUCAACUUUACGACAUCUUGUACAGGUCCAUUGCUGACCUCACUAUAUGCUUGUACGGAGACUGGAGAGAUAUGCAAGCUGGAAUGCGGACAGGAGCUGGUAUCUGCGCAACAAAUUACCGCUCUAGCCUUGGUACCCGGGAUUGAUCUUACCGCCACCUAUGUGAUUAUCACAGGGACGGGUGGCGUGAAUCCAAAGUAUGGUACUGCUGGUGGUGUGGCAAUCAGCCAGUACAGUAUUCAGUUGGAAUGGCUCAGCAUGUUCCUUGGCUCCGACCUGCCUGCGAACUUCUCUUCUCAGUACAUGUAUGCCUAUGCACAGGCUUCACCCUUUGAAUACCCGAGUCUGGUGGGAUCUGAAGUUUACGAGCUGAACACCGCCCUUGUCGAUCGUAUAGCCGCCAUCUCCACGGAUCUGGAGUUUGAGGACGUUGACAGCGAUCUGCAGCGCCUAAGGCAGACGUAUCUCUUCGAAGCCGCAAGAAAAGCACCGUUCUUGGCACAUUGCGAUGUUGUGUCCUCACAAAUCUACUGGCACGGCGAUGUCGCCGGUCACAAUGUCGAAGUGUACGCCAAUAUUGUAACCAGUGGAGCUGCAAAGCCUUGCAACACGAACCAAGAUGACCAAGGACGGCUACUAGGACUCGCAGGUGCUGCUGAAGCUGGGUUCCUUGACUUUUCCCGUGUCGCCAUGAUCAAGGCCUUUUCAAAUUUCGAUCGUCCUCCACCUCAGUUGAGCGCUUACCAGAGCAGAUACUAUGUUGGGGAGGCAGCCACAGGACCUGGGCUACGUAAUGCAUGGAGCGUCAUUCGAGGUAUCGUGGCGGAUGUGCUGGAACAUUGGGAAGAUGUAUAUGAAGAUGGCAUCUCAGCCCCCAGUUAUGUUGGUGACGCCAAGGGCACUUUAGGCGGUACACCUCCAUUUGUACAGAACUCAACCGCCGUCGCUGGUUCUGUACAGGGUGCAUGAGAGUAAGCGGAUCACAGAGAGGGAUGAGAAUUGUGAAAGUAGAGAGCAUGCAUACAAUCUACGUUGAGACCAGUUGUAAGAGAACGAC